UGGCGCAAAAUAGUACAAAGACAACCAAAUCGACUGCCAUCAACACUUCUUGAUCGAUUGAAUGAAAAAUAAUUGAUUGAUUGAUUCAUUCAUUUGCGUCGCCCAGCAUGGCGGCCAACGAGUACUUCCACUCUUUCCAACCGCAACCAUCACAGCGCGAGCAACUGCCUGCCUAUAAUGAUAAUCGCUUUCACCAACAAUCCCAGCAACAGGAUCUGGAACCCUCGACGACGAAACCCCUUCCCGGCCCGCCCCUCUCGCCAACCCUCUCGCAUUUCCCCUACGACUCACAUUCAGGGACCUACGAUCCUCGACACAGCCAGCAGUCAUUUUCAGACGAGAACGCAUUCGUUGGUGGCAGAAACCACCUGGCUGAUCAGUAUGGAGAAGACAUCCCACUAAAGCCGAAUGUGCAGCAAUCCCAGAUGAACGACCCUCGCUGGGUGAAUCAGAAUACAAAUUAUCAAUCUGACAUGCCCAUGGAUCCAGACAUGAGCGACAGGCGGCGGCGGCGUUCCGCGAAACGUGGAUUCUUCCGUAGCAAAAUCCCUUGGGUCACCUAUCUAUUAACAAUCAUUGAUGUUGGCGUUUUCAUUGGCGAGUUAAUUUACAGCGCAAAGCUCACGGGGAGCCCUAUCGAAAUUCACCCAAGCUUCAAUCCAAUGGUCGGGCCGUCCCCUUAUGUCCAGAUUAAUAUGGGUGCUCGUUUCGUCCCUUGCAUGAAGAAUGUCCCCGGAGUACAAAACGCAAACGAAACAAUUUACUGGAAUUGUCCAAAUACGACCUCCUCCGACUCCCAGGAUGCAAGCAAUAAAUGUACUCUAUCAGAAUUGUGCGGGUUUAACGGUGUGCCAAAUCCCAAAAUAAAUGGUUCCAUAGAUGAUCAACCGGAACCAAACCAGUGGUUUCGGUUCAUCGUUCCGAUGUUCUUGCACGCCGGAAUCAUUCACAUCGGCUUUAAUAUGCUAAUGCAGAUGACUAUGGGGGCGGAUAUGGAGCGGAAUAUCGGGUGGUGGCGGUAUGCCCUGGUAUACUUUGCGAGCGGUAUCUUCGGUUUUGCGCUCGGUGGGAACUACGCAGCUCAGGGCAUCUCAUCCACGGGGGCGUCGGGGGCCUUGUUUGGCAUCCUUGCGCUGUUCGUUUUGGAUCUACUUUAUACAUGGAAAGAGCGACGGAGUCCUUGGAUUGAGCUCCUGUUCCUUGUGCUCGAAAUCGCUAUAUCUUUUGUGUUGGGCCUGCUUCCGGGCUUGGAUAACUUCUCGCAUAUCGGUGGGUUUAUCAUGGGAUUAGCCAUGGGCCUCUGUAUGAUGCGGUCUCCGAACUAUAUCCGAGAACGAAUCGGUCUCGAACGAACACCGUAUGUCGUCAUGAGCGGCGGUGCUGGCCCAUCUCCGGUCGAGAACCGCACGAAUGGUUUCAACAACAGGAAAAGCAACAGUCAUGACGAUAACAAUAACGACCGUUUCAAAUACAACCGCCCAUUGGCUUUCUUCAAGGGUAGGAAGCCCCUCUGGUGGGCCUGGUGGCUUGUGCGUGCGGGUGCCUUAGUGGCUGUGAUCAUCGGAUUCAUUCUGUUAAUUACGGAUUUUUAUAAAUAUCCAAAGUCGAACUGCUCAUGGUGCUAUCAUCUGACGUGCUUGCCUGUCAAAAACUGGUGCAGCGUAGGAAAUUUGAAUUUGACGCCGACUUGAGAAUCCCGAGCGAUUUCGCAAAUUACCAGCACUAAGAUACCCCUUUUGAUUUUAUAUUUUUUUGCUUUGGCAGCUAUGACGAUCCACAGCUAUUUGCAUAUAAAACCGGCACAGCCUCUUGUCCCUACGAUUCACCCAAUGAUAAUUGAACAAUGAUACACGACACUCGUAUGAGUUUUCUGUUGACUUAGAUUACUGACACCAAAUAGUAUACCAUGGUUGAUCAUAUGUCCACAAAGAUCUACAUAGAAUAUCUACAACAGAGAUACUACCCGUCACAUCGUGUACUUUAUC